AUGCUUCGACCGCACUGCACUGAGCGAGUCCCUUCCUGUAUAGAUUCAGGAUCCGGAAAUGUCGUUUUUGCGUUGCAUCCAGACCCAUUUGGUAACCAAGUUUGCUGGGGCAGCUGCGUCGUGACGCGAAAUCUGGAGUUGGUUUUCAGCCGCCCUUCGUAUGGGGCGUCUCGGCUCAAAAUCCCCGGGGCGCAUGAAAAGGGAGACACCUCGCAAUUUUUUUGUUUUUCGUGUGUCAACGCGACGAAGUUGUUGGGCGUUCCCAUUGAACCCAAAUGGGUGAUGAGCUACGACUUGAGCUCAAACAGCUACUCGGAGGAGACAGAAAUGAGCCAUGCAAACUCGGUGUUGCAGGGACUCCCGACGGUUGCCAUGUUGCUCAUGACAAAUAACGCUGAAACUAAGUUGCUCGUCGUAAACCCUGUUUUGCACGUGGAAAAGAAAGAGCAGAUCAUUACUUAUCGUGCAACCCUGCUUACCUCGCCCGACAGCGUUCAACAUGUCGUGAUGUGCCGUGGGGGUAGGGUGGUGCUGCUACUUGAGCAAUGUGUGGGUGGUAAUGUCGCAUCGCAAUGUUUCGGCUUACUUAUCCGGGAUGGGCAGCCCCAUGCACCAUUCAAAUCCGUGCGGCUUACCGUUCCAGGUGAGUUUAUCGCGUCGAUGCCCGCCCAGCGGAUUAUUUGUGCAAGAGCACGAAGACCUCUGGGUCAGACUACGCAUGCAAUGAUUGAGACAGUCGAUACAGAAGUUACAACCUUCACCGAUCAUGGUGUGGUAAUCGUAUUUCGGAUAGGCGUAUCUGAUGCGGAACCACAGAGAGUAACUUGUGUGUGGGUUUCGCACCUUUUCCGGCGGAGUGAGUCGCAGAAAAAACUUCUUAGACCCCUCGGUGUGGUUGAAAGGUGGAAUACAACUAUGUCUUUCAAGCAAGCAACGGGACUUGCCGGCACAAAGCCGCCACUCCCUCCUCUGGGGUGCGAGGUACCGCAACAGUUACAGGGAUUUAAAACACACUCGUCAAUUAUUUGCGCAAGUUCCAAUGGUGCACUGAUUCUAGUCGCCAAACCCAACUCCCCAGAUGCGUUUAUCGCCUGUCUAGGAGCGAGCGUUCAUGAACGCUCGAGUGCGAAUGCGGGUGUUGGCGUAUCUUUGCCACCGAGUUUGAACCUUUGUGACGCUUCGUGGAUUAGUGGGCCCCUUUGUGGCUUUUUGCUUCUUGGUAACGAUGAUGGCAGAAAGGUUCUCUCUCUUUAUUUUCUUCCGCUCACCGGAGAGUCACCACGGCGGGUGCACAUUGAGCAAACCGACUGCGAGUGGGCAAACAUAGAGAACAGGAAUGUUCGCUUCUUUUCUCUCAGCACAGUAGUGAAUAUAUUUGGAGUCCCCCAGUUGCGCAUAUCACUGCUCUUUUCCCAGCACCGCAAAAGAGGGGACACACAGAUAGAAGACUGGAGUGAAUUACGUACUUGUCUCUUCUCUUUUCCAACAGUUGCAUCCCUAUCAUCGGUUGAGGACCCCGCACACGUGUCAACCCUUGUUUAUUGCACUGGACUGGCUGCUUUUGAGGCAAUUCCCUGGCCUGUGGGUACGUCUGCACGAACUAAGUGUACAGAUGAGGUCCACGGUUUCGGUGAUGUACAACUUUCGACAGAAGCUGCUCUCGAGUCACAAUUAAAACGUUGGCCUCAUUUGGAAGAAUCGGGAAUUGAAUUCUUCUGCGGAUUAAUACAUGAGAUGAUUCAACGUCUCACGACUAGCGUACAACGAUGUCGUUUCGUUGAUUCGGGGUUCGGCAACCGGGCCGUUGCCGCACUGGUAGCAGUGUUCCAGGGUGUAGCUGAGGCUUUCGUCACCCUCGGUGUUGCGUAUUCAUCAACUCUUCUGAAGCGUUAUUUGUGCUAUGUUCACAGCAUUCUGGUCAUACUUCGCCAGGCGCUGACAGUUAUGGGUCAGUAUGGUGCAAUAUCUGCCUGCUUCUCCGCAGUAGCUCCGUUUGCGCAUCUUGAUAGCAGUGGAAGCGAAGGCGAACUACAACCUGAGUGGCGCGCGUUGCUUGGGGCACUCUUUGACGAGGCAUUAGCACACACGUGUGCUUACCCUUCGCUGGCACAGGCGCUUCUUCCGCACUGCAGCGCAGGUGUGAAACAAAUAAUGGAGGCUGGACGACGCAUGGAACAGUGGACGCACAAGCAACAAGAAACCGCAGCUACGACCUUAACGACAGCUGAUAGGGGUGAGAGCACACAGGUCCGAACACUGCAAGAGGUUCUCUCGCUCGUGCGGAAUGGGGCGCCUGCAUUGUCGAUGCUCUCCCCUGCUGACGUCUGUUGCGCGUCGCGGCGUUUGUUCUUCAGCGAUGGAAUAGACACAGUACAGGCUUUCCUGAAGAGUUUCGUUGGCGACUACUGGAUGAAUUGUCCAGAUAUACAAGCCGUUUGUAAGGAGUAUGAAACAGUGAAAGAGGACAUGGAUAUAGUUCUUCAGUGCCGUUAA